AUGAGUCAUUCUUCGGGAAAUUCAAGUGGUGGACCUGUUAUGCGUCUCUCUUCUUUAACUGUUGGUCAAUUCUGGAAAGCAGUGGAGAAUUUUAGAGAAGAAUUGCAUAUUACAGAUAUGUCAAUGGAUAGAAAGAGACGGGGGUUGAUAAUUAUUUGGUAUGAAAAGUAUUCAAAGUUCCAACUCCCCAUGAAUGAAUUUAUGGAAGAAUUUCUGCUUGAACGAACAAUUGUUUUUAAUCGGCGACAACGUGCUAUACCACUUAUUCAAAAUAGAACGGUCACCUUACAUGUCGGGGUCAGCUUUCCUGCAUUUUUGGACUGUCCUGGUGGUCAUAUCAAUUUGAAAGUUGAGGGCACAAAAUUAGUUACUGGAGGAGGAAAGUUUGUUGGAAAAGAAGCAAAUAAUGGUUAUUUUGUUCAACCAACAAUAUUUUGUGAUGUUAAAUCUGAAAUGAAAAUUGCUCAAGAAGAGAUUUUUGGUCCGUCGACUAAAACUAAAAUUGCUGAAGUGCAAUAUGGGGAUAAGAAUGAUUUUGUUGUUGAUGUUAAGGCAGUUUGUGAUGCCUUCAAAUUGGGCUCAGAAUGUCGACUAAAACCGUCGACUAAAACUAAAAUUGCGAAAGUGCAAGAGGGGGAUAGGGCUGAUAUUGACGCUGCUGUUAAGGCUGCCUGUGACGCCUUCAAAUUGGGCUCAGAAUGGCGUCGUAUGGAUGCUUCAGCCCGUGGACUUUUACUAAAUAAAUUGGCUUUUUUAAUUGAGAGGGAUGCUGUUGAGCUAGCUUCUUUGGAGACAUUGGAUAAUGGAAAGCCUUACAAGGACGCCUAUUUAGGUUUUUAUUCUAAUUUUUGGGUUAAGUUGUUUUCGACCUCCGUCUAA